GUAUUUCUUUGUGGUUGAAGAAGACAAUACUCCAUUAUCAGUCACCGUGACACCCUGUGAUGCGCCUUUGGAGUGGAAGCUGAGCCUUCAAGAACUACCAGAGGAGACAAGUGGGGAAUGCUCAGGUGAGCCUGAGCCCCUUGAGCAGCAGAAGCAGCAGAUCAUUAAUGAGGAAGGCACAGAGUUAUUCUCCUACAAAGGCAAUGAUGUUGAGUAUUUUAUAUCUUCCAGUUCUCCAUCUGGUUUAUAUCAGUUGGAACUUGUUUCAACAGAGAAAGACACACAUUUCAAAGUCUAUGCCACCACAACUCCAGAGUCUGAUCAGCCAUACCCUGAAUUACCCUAUGACCCAAGAGUAGAUGUCACCUCCCUGGGACGCACCACGGUCACCUUGGCCUGGAAGCCGAGCCCCACCGCCUCUUUGCUGAAACAACCCAUCCAGUACUGCGUGGUCAUCAACAAAGAGCACAAUUUCAAAAGUCUCUGUGCAGUGGAAGCAAAACUGGGUGCGGAUGAUGCUUUUAUGAUGGCACCAAAGCCUGGUCUGGACUUUAGCCCCUUUGACUUUGCCCACUUUGGAUUUCCUUCAGAUAAUUCAGGUAAAGAACGCGGCUUCCUAGCAAAGCCUUCUCCCAAACUGGGGCGUCACGUCUACUCAAGGCCCAGAGUUGACAUUCAGAAGAUCUGCAUAGGAAACAAGAACAUCUUCACGGUCUCUGAUCUGAAACCCGACACGCAGUACUACUUUGACGUCUUUGUGGUCAACAGCAACAGCAACAUGAGCACUGCUUAUGUAGGGACUUUCGCCAGGACCAAGGAAGAAGCUAAACAGAAGACAGUUGAGCUAAAAGACGGGAAAGUGACAGAUGUAUUUGUUAAAAGGAAGGGAGCAAAGUUUCUACGGUUUGCUCCAGUCUCUUCUCACCAAAAAGUCACCUUCUUUAUUCACUCUUGUUUGGAUGCUGUCCAAAUCCAAGUGAGAAGAGAUGGGAAACUUCUUCUGUCUCAGAAUGUGGAAGGCAUUCGGCAGUUUCAGGUUAGAGGAAAACCUAAAGCAAAAUAUCUCAUUCGACUGAAAGGAAACAAGAAAGGAGCAUCUAUGUUAAAAAUACUGGCCACCACAAGGCCCAGUAAGCAGUCCUUUCCUUCUCUUCCUGAAGACACAAGAAUCAAAGUCUUUGACAAGCUCCGAACCUGUUCUUCAGCCACCGUGGCUUGGCUCGGCACUCAGGAAAGAAACAAGUUUUGCAUCUACAAAAAAGAAGUGGAUGAUAACUACAAUGAAGACCUGAAGAAAAGAGAGCAAAACCAAUGCCUAGGGCCAGAUACAAGGAAGAAAUCAGAAAAGGUCCUCUGUAAAUAUUUCCACAGUCAAAACUUGCAGAAAGCAGUGACCACAGAAACAAUUAAAGGUCUUCAGCCUGGCAAAUCUUACCUGCUGGAUGUUUAUGUCAUAGGACAUGGGGGACACUCUGUGAAGUAUCAGAGUAAGGUUGUGAAAACCAGGAAGUUCUGUUAGUUACCUUGUAGAGAGAUGUAUUACCUAGAACUGCAGACGGGACAUUGAGUCACUUUACGUGUAAACUGACUACUCCCACAGCUGAGAGAAGUUGUGACCUGUACUUGUACUGUGGAAGGAGGGAUAUCAGCAAGUAUAUAUUGAUGUUUAUAUAUGUGACUGUCACAGGAGACUUGUUCUAGGGUGCCCCCAUUUACCUGGUGUGCAUCUGAUGCCGGUUGCUGUCAAAGAUGGAGGAAGUAUUGAAGGAACUGCCAUCCCUUGCUUUGACCACUGCAUGAACUGCUUCUAAAUUAUUUUAUUACCUAAAAAUUUUAAAUAUGCCAUUCAUUGCACACAUUCACAAAUGCAAACCAUCCCUCUCUUAGAAGCUAGGAUAUAUAUAAAUUAUUUUAUAAAGUCUUGUUUUAAAUGUCAGUGUUUCUUUGAUUGUAAACUAUUAAGUUUUUUUCUUGUUAAAGUACAGAUCUAAUCUAAGUAUUAUCAAGUGGACAGCCCUCUAGUCAGUUAUAUUGCUAUUGUAAAUUCUUAUUUGUUGAGUAAAAUGUUUAAGUACUGUAUGUAUCUCAUGUACAAAGUUGACAUACAUUAUAUUCAUGUAUAUAAAAUUAAAGAUAUUAGAUUAUAUACUGUUCAUUUUCCCAAGCAGCUA